AUAAUUUGGCCGAGCUUUGUCGGAACAAGGACGCCGCCUGGAGCCACUAUAAAAUAAAAUAAAAUAAAAACAAGAACUAAAUUCUAUAUUCAGAACAGAACAGAACAGAUCAAGCUCUCCCUGCAUCUCCUCUCGAUCGACUUUGUUCAGGUUGUACUUUGAAUCUGGCUGGUCUCUGAGAUUUUUUUGGGUGCUGCUACUUACCAAAGAUUUUGGUCGUGCUUCUAAACUUUUUAAGUGAUUGUUAUGGGCCCCAUGAAAAAUCUAAGGCAGCUUUACUUGGAAGCUCAAGGAACACAAUGUCCGAACUCGGGAAUAGACUUGCCAUUCGAUCUCCUCAUGGAGAUCUUGUCGAGAGUUCCAGCAAAGAGUAUAGCAAGGUUUAGUUGCGUAUCGAGACUGUGGGGAUACAUACUUAGCCUUGCUUGUUUCACCGAGUUGUUCCUGACCAAGUCUUGGUGUCGUCGUCCACCCCUACUCUUGUUCACCUUUCAAAAUAAGGAGAGUAUAUACUUCUUCUCUGCACCUCAGCCUCAGAGUCCGGGGGAUGAUUCAUCUCUCGUACCCGCUCGUUACCAUGUUCACCGCAAGCAUUAUCCCAAAGAUUUUUCAACUAGAGUUGGUUCUCCUCUUGGUGGAUUCAUCUGUCGUCAAGAUGAGGGAGAAGUAGACACUAUAGUUGUUAGUAACCCCGUCACAGGAGAGUCCAUAUUCUUACCGGAGGUGAAAUCCAAGCACAUUAAUAUUCACACGAUACCUUUUUUAGGGUAUGAUCCCAUCAACGAACAAUUCAAAGUAUUGUGCAUCAAGUUUGAGGAUAUCCCAAAUACGUCUGACGACCAUCAAGUUCUGACAUUGGGGGGGAAUAAAAAACAUUUAUGGAGAACAACCCUAUGCAAACCCCAUUAUCCUAAAUCUAACGGAAUAUGCAUUGAUGGUGUUUUGUAUUAUUCAGCUGGGUUUGAUUGGGGGACAAGGGUUUCCAUGAUAGUCUGCUUUGAUGUUAGGUCCGAGAAGUUCAGCUUUAUCAACAUAGAUCGAUCCAUGUUGAUGACUUGCGCUUGUACUUUGAUCAACUACAAGGGUAAGUUAGGUGCGCUCCAGUUUACAUUGUCGUAUCCAAGAUGUCUCGUGUUCUGGGCUCUUGAAGAUGCAGGAAAAUGUAAAUGGUCCAAGUGUGUGUACACAAUACCUCCUUUGUGGAACAACAUAGUUGGUCGUUCUGACUUGGACAUUGUUGGAGUGACAUCUGGAGGUGAAGUUGUGUUGGCGGCGAGGCAUCUACUUGAUCCGUUUUACAUUUAUUACUACAAUCCCAAGGGCAACACUUUCGUAAGAGUUCUAAUCCGAGGUCUGGAAGGGUUUGUACGUGCGAGAGUUUACACUUCUCUAGAAUAUAUUGAGAAUUUGAAACAUAUGAGGGAAUAUGACAAAGGAGUUAGCACAAACAUUUCCUCUUAAUACGGAGGCUAUUUCAAGUUGAAUAUGGAAUUUGAGCAAGCAAGAUUCGUUGAAAUUCAAUAAUGAUGCAUGUGCUAAGAUCAACUCCAUGAUCAUCCCAUGCUGUGAAGACUUGACAGAGCCCAAGAGUGAUCACAGUCGCAAGGUCGUAGAGAUCACAAACAGCGCAUGGAAAUAUCGUCUUGAUGAAAACUUAGUAAGUUUCAAGAUUUCAAGCUGAAUUAAACAAACCCGGAAAAACAUAUCAAACAUUGUAGCAUACCGGUGACGGUAGGAAUGUUCUUUGGUGCAAAUAGGUGGAUAAACCUUCGUUUUCAACGCCCAUGAAAAGACCAAACGACAUACCAAGCAUUGAGUCCAUUGAGGAACUAAGCAUCUGAGACUUACUGAGAGCGUUUCAACUUUCAAGAUGGGUAACUGUUGAAGCAGGCCAGUGGUGAUGCAAAGCAUCACCGAAAGCAACAACACCUUAUACGUGCUUCCUCUGUUUACGAAGCAGCUGCUGUGUCGGACUCAAGAUCUCCCCUCUCUCUCUUGUUAACUGAGACCAAAGGUUAUUAUUGUGUCACACUCGACAGAGAGAGUAUUUUUGCAUACAUGUCAACUUAUUUUCUUCGUGGAGGUAGUUUGAGGAUUUUACAAAGUCUUUAUUUGGUUAGUUAAGAUUUGUAUUGUUUAUUAGUUGGUAGCAAAGAAAUUAUUAUUAUCUUAUGAAUCAGUA